AUGGAUGUCCUUUCUUUUAUGAAACUUGUGUUUUUCACGCAGUUAUAUCAAUCAAGGUUGUUGCUUUUAACUUACAAAUUCUGGAAGGCAAUUCUAGGAAUCUACACAAAUACGACUGAACUUUUUCGAAUUUGUACAAACGCUGCCGACGAAGCUGGGCUUACUGCUGAUUGGUAUCAAAGUGAACUCUCAGAAGAAGACACCGUUUCCAUUGACAGUGAUCGCACACCACUAUUAAAUAGAGGAUUUUUGAGAGAUGCUCCAAUAUCCGUUGAAACUGUUUUCCGUAUGGAGCGUCGUGCAUUAGAGUCUUCAAGGUGUGAUCUAGAUGAAAUCACUCAAACAAUUCUUUAUAAAAAAAAUUUUCCCGAAAACGGCUCCACAAAAACCCCUUCCGCAAUUGUUUUACAUCAUUGUUUGACUCAAAUUCGUGAUUCCUACAAACUUGCAAACGAGAUUAAUGAUCGUGCAACCACAAAGUUCGAUUCAAAUAAUAAACUGCACGAGAAAAAGUUAUUGGAG